ACUUUGAGGUCCAACUCCUAUAACUAGCUAGAAGAAGAGGAAACGAGGCAACAGGUGAGGUGACCCCCUUGAUUAUGACGACUGAAAUCUGGGUCAAUCUUCAUUGAUAUGUGGACCGAUUCUCCCUCCGCAGCGAAACGGUUGCAGAGAAGGGUUUUUCUUUUGACGAGGGUGAAGAAAAAGUUUGAUUUAUUCAUUUCUUCUGUUAUUAUUUGAUUUUUUUUUUAUAGGCUUAAAAUUUGUAAAGAUGCUGAUUCAGGAAGUGGGUUUUCUUUCCCUCCCCCACUCUUCCUAUUGAAUACUUGAAUAUCUUCAUCUCGGGUGUAUUGGGUUUAUAAGUGUUCAGUAGACAUUGCUUGAUUGAUUUGCUUCAGCUUUAAUUGGGUUUCCUGGAGAGAGAAAAUGUUGCCUAUGGAGGCCUUGAUUUUGGAAUCUAAGACUCUUUGAGUUUGUUUCUGAGCUGGAGACUGUCACGCCCCUGUUUUCUCAAUCAGAUCUAAAGGCUCAAUUUGGGUCUGUCAGCGAAACUAUCAGGUAGCCUCUACAUUUAUAUUUGACUUUCCUUCUCCCCUUAUCUGCAUUUUUAUGGCGUUUGAAGAUUCUUACUUUUUAUGCUCCUUAGCUACAAGGAUAUAUUUUUUUGCUUCUUCCCUCUUCAUUUUACAUUUUAUGCUCCUCAUUUAUCUAUUGUUUGUUUCACUAGUUUCUGGUCUCCAAAAGUUCCUUGAGAUUGGAAAUAAAAGUUUAUUUCUUACAUGUUUUCUUGCACAGAUCAGAAACUUUUCUUUUUUACUCAGGAGUACCUUGAAAUUGAAUACUUUAUCGUUGUUAGUGGUUGUGCUAUGGUUGGUAGUAGAGUAUCUUCCGCGAUGGCCGAAAGCGAGAUUGCUGCUCUAAAAGAAACUCUUCAAACUCAGCAACAACUUCUGCAAAAAGUCUACAAGGAACUUGAAGAGGAGAGAGAAUCCUCAGCUAUCGCGGCGAGUGAAGCUCUGUCGAUGAUUUUGCGUCUGCAAGGAGAAAGGGCUGCAGAGAAGAUGGAAGCUAGUCAAUACAAGAGAUUGGUAGAGGAAAAGAUGCAUUAUGCUGUGGAAUGUCUCUCAGUUUUUGAGGGUCUCAUGUAUUCGAAAGAAAUGGAGAUUACUUCUCUCGUGUUCCAAGUUGAGGCUUACAGAUAUAAAUUACAGAGCCUGGGUUUUACUGAUCCAUCUGUUGGGAAACUGAAAUUCCCAGACAAUCAGUAUCUGCGAAGAAAGGAAGUUCAAAUGGGGAAGCUUGGUCUUCCUGGAGUCAUGAGAAGGUACAACUCUCUGCCUCCAAUUCCACUUAAAGAUGCACAGGCGAAGACCAAGGUUGGAAAUGAAGGGUCAGCAACUCCACUGCAAGAUUUGAUUGCAGGGAAGAAUGAUGAAGAAACACAGGUGGUGUCUGAGGAAUCUGUGGUUGGUGACUUUAAUUCAUACUCGGAAAAAAUCAAGAGGUUGGAUGAAUGGGUUAAAGAGUUGUCAAAUAGAAGAGUUGUUGAAAGAGUAGAUUCUAACUUGAUUUCAAGAAAUCAUGAUAUUUCCUCGAUCAUGGCGGCAUUUUCAACAUUGAUGGGUGCAUCAAGGACUUGUUCAUUGAGUAAGGCAGUGAGCAGAAACCUGCCACUUGAUCCAACGGGAGGAGCCACAACAAUUAAAAUGGACUCUGAAGGUACAUCUUCAUGUUCGACAUUAAAGGCUAAAGAUUCUGAUGGCUUUCUGGGAUUUGAUGCCUCUGGUAAUCCAUGUUUGAAAAGUGAAACAAUCAGGAGUUCAAUCCAUUCAACGACUGUGCAUGAUCAUGAAAAUAACAAAUUUUGUGUAUCACAGAAACGAGAACAAAAGAAGUUGAUCUUUAAAGAUGGGACCAGGCUCGGGAAGCAGGAAUCAGUCCCACCAGAAACAUCUGAAUUCUAUUUCAAAGAAAAGGAUGAGUGGAUAAAGAAAGUCUUGCUAUAUCAUGGAAAAAAGUUUCCUAGACCAAGAGAUGGCGUCACUCUUGAUUAUCAUUCACCUCUUUCUGAUUCCAAUUUUGAUGUUUCUCCAUUUCAAUCUGAGAUUAUGCGGCUUAAGAAAAGACUAGAGCCACUUGAGGAUGACAGAAGGAUUAUAAAGCAAGAAGCUUCUAACAGAGAGGAAGAGCAAUUACGAUUGUUGAGGGAGAUAAAUGAGCAGCUUAACGUGAUACAAUCUGAGAUUGAUCAUUUUAAAUCUAAGAAGUCUCCAUUGCGAGAUGAGUCUCAGCUGUUAUCUUUCAUUGAGAGAAUGCUUUGCUGUUCACUCUAGUCUAGUCAUGAAACCUGUACUGCGCCUUUAGGAAAUUUCAGAUCACCAUCCAAUAUUGCUUUCAGAUAUGUGUGCAGCAGUGUUGGAAAAACUUUCAAACAUUGAAAAUGUAAAGAGAAUUGCAGAAGAGAACUUCUGAAGAAGAAUUAGGAAUUAGUAAUCUUCAUCAACAGUAAAAGAUGAUAUCCCAAGCGAAGAGGCAAAUGUUGCAGUCGUAUCACCAUCAAGAUAUCUCUUUAGGCGAUCCAAGUCAUCAGCUGCAUCAAGCAUGGACGGUCUAGUAGAUGGAGCCUCUUGAGUACAAAGCAAGCCCAAUUCGAUCAAUUCACCUAUUGCUACUUCCCACAUCUUCUGAACUUCAGGGGCCUGAUCUCUUGCAGCUGUCAUCAGAGAAGAGUCUAUCACCUUCUCCACCCUGCCAUGGUAGUGACAUUUCACCCAUUUAUGAAGGCUUAAACCACCGACAAACAUGUCAUCGGUAGGUCUUUUUCUAGUGACCAUCUCAAGUACUAAAAUGCCAAAGCUGUAAACAUCACCUUUUGUCGAUGUAUUUGAUCCAUAUCCAUACUCUACAUGACAAAAAGACGAGGUAAAUUUUGAUAUCUACAUGACCUGGAAGUGAAGUUUUUUAUUCAAA